CAAAUGUAGACAUAAAAGUUUUAAUUAAUUUUAAAGACAAUGCACAUUUUAAUAAUAAGCUUGUUUUUAAGUUGGCAUACUUCUGAGUUGUUUGGUGCAGAUAUAGGUAUAGGACUUGGAUUUGGAAAAAGUUCCCGACCUUAUCCAGAUGCAUUAACAGUACUGAAAAAUCUAGGUAUUCGCAAAAUCAAAACUUGGUCAAUUAAUCCAGAUUGGCUUUAUCAAGCUGAAUUAAUAUACGGAAAGGGAAAUGUAGAUGUCACAGUCGCAAUUCCAAAUUCUGAUUUGUGGAAAAUGUACAACGAUUUGAAUUACAAAAACUGGGUUCUUGGUCAAGUUAAAAGAUAUCAAGGAAUCAUUAAACUAAUAGCAAUUGGAAACGAGCCGUUUCAUGAAGAUAACCGUGCUUUGGCUAUGCCACAUCUUCUUCCUGCUUUUAACAGUAUGGUAAAACUUCUCAACGAUAAUGGCUUAAAAGAACGUAUUAAGGUGACGGUUCCAUUUAGUGCUGUUGUUUUGAUCAACACGUACCCUGUAGAGAACACUGUAUUUCAUCCUGAUGUAAUUGGGGUAAUGAGGGACAUAGUCAAUACGAUUAAAAAUACUGGAUCAGUGUUCAGCAUUAACAUCUACCCUUAUUUUACUUAUAUUGGUGAUAAUAACAUUCCAUUAAACUUUGCUCUUGGUAAAGACAAAUCUUUGUUUGAAGCUAUGUUGUUAGGUUGUCGGGAAGCACUUAAAAAGAUUGGAGCUGGUUCAGUGCCUAUAAUUGUUGGAGAAACAGGAUGGCCCUCAAAGGGUGGGCCUAAAGGUACAACGAUAGAAAAUGCUAAAUUAUAUACUCAACACAUAUUAAGGUUUGCAACAACGAACACCAUUGCUGAUUCUAUCUAUAUAUUUGAAGCUUUUGAUGAAAGUGAAAAGCCUGGUUCAGAAACAGAAAAAAAUUUUGGUAUUGGCUACGAAAAUCGCCAGCUUAAAUUCCCGUUCGAAUUUAAAAGCGUUGCAGCUCCUUGUACAGUUUGGGGUUGGAGGUUUUACGAUUUCUAUGAUAUAGUUGAAAAUGAUAUUGGUAACAAACACGCUGGACAUCGUAAUGAUUGCCAACCACUUUGCAAAUCUUUGACCGGUUGUAAAGGAUAUUCUUGGUUUAAUAACGUUUGCUAUUUCAAAGGUGGUGCGAACACUUUCAAGCCCAACGGUGCUGUCUAUUCUGCUUUAUUAUGCUGAUAAUGUUAAAACAACGUGUUUUUUUCUAUUUACAAAUAUAAAUAAAAAUUACAAAAAAUAAUUACAAAAAAAAUUUCAAAAUAUAUUUUUUUAUACUUAAGGAAUAAAAACUCGUCAUUUGACUAAAUUACAAUUUUUUUUAAACUGUAUUCAUUUACCAACGCAAAAAGAACCACUAUAGUCAAGAA